AUGAAACCAGAGGAUCCACACAGACAGACAGAGGAUCUCUGCUCUGACCGGCAAUUACAAAUGAGACCUUUGCUGGAUGUGAUGAUCAAUAGGAGUGUGUGGGAGGAGGUAACAGCAAGAGCCAUCCCAGCCGCCAGGGGCGAGGGAAUAGUUUCCCAGUCUGCUCACAGCCCUGGGCUGUGGACGAGCACAGGGAUCGCGGGUAGGGUGCGGCUGGGCUGGCCGCCUUCCCGUCGGUCGCCCUCAGAGAUGGAUCCGUUGUUCGGGACGAGGGCCAGGGACGGCCGGCGCUUUGGGACGCCGACUGGGGCGGUGUGGGGCUGGAGCCGGAGUCCAGCCGCGCUGUGCGGGCUCUCGGGGCCCUGGGGCGGUGGGUGCCGGAGCCCAGCCGGAGUCCAGCCGCGCCGUGCGGGCUCUCGGGGCCCUGGGGCGGUGGGUGCCGGAGCCCAGCCGGAGUCCAGCCGCGCCGUGCGGGCUCUCGGGGCCCUGGGGCGGUGGGUGCCGGAGCCCAGCCGGAGUCCAGCCGCGCCGUGCGGGCUCUCGGGGCCCUGGGGCGGUGGGUGCCGGAGCCCAGCCGGAGUCCAGCCGCGCCGUGCGGGCUCUCGGGGCCCUGGGGCGGUGGGUGCCGGAGCCCAGCCGGAGUCCAGCCGCGCCGUGCGGGCUCUCGGGGCCCUGGGGCGGUGGGUGCCGGAGCCCAGCCGGAGUCCAGCCGCGCCGUGCGGGCUCUCGGGGCCCUGGGGCGGUGGGUGCCGGAGCCCAGCCGGAGUCCAGCCGCGCCGUGCGGGCUCUCGGGGCCCUGGGGCGGUGGGUGCCGGAGCCCAGCCGGAGUCCAGCCGCGCCGUGCGGGCUCUCGGGGCCCUGGGGCGGUGGGUGCCGGAGCCCAGCCGGAGUCCAGCCGCGCCGUGCGGGCUCUCGGGGCCCUGGGGCGGUGGGUGCCGGAGCCCAGCCGGAGUCCAGCCGCGCCGUGCGGGCUCUCGGGGCCCUGGGGCGGUGGGUGCCGGAGCCCAGCCGGAGUCCAGCCGCGCCGUGCGGGCUCUCGGGGCCCUGGGGCGGUGGGUGCCGGAGCCCAGCCGGAGUCCAGCCGCGCCGUGCGGGCUCUCGGGGCCCUGGGGCGGUGGGUGCCGGAGCCCAGCCGGAGUCCAGCCGCGCCGUGCGGGCUCUCGGGGCCCUGGGGCGGUGGGUGCCGGAGCCCAGCCGGAGUCCAGCCGCGCCGUGCGGGCUCUCGGGGCCCUGGGGCGGUGGGUGCCGGAGCCCAGCCGGAGUCCAGCCGCGCCGUGCGGGCUCUCGGGGCCCUGGGGCGGUGGGUGCCGGAGCCCAGCCGGAGUCCAGCCGCGCCGUGCGGGCUCUCGGGGCCCUGGGGCGGUGGGUGCCGGAGCCCAGCCGGAGUCCAGCCGCGCCGUGCGGGCUCUCGGGGCCCUGGGGCGGUGGGUGCCGGAGCCCAGCCGGAGUCCAGCCGCGCCGUGCGGGCUCUCGGGGCCCUGGGGCGGUGGGUGCCGGAGCCCAGCCGGAGUCCAGCCGCGCCGUGCGGGCUCUCGGGGCCCUGGGGCGGUGGGUGCCGGAGCCCAGCCGGAGUCCAGCCGCGCCGUGCGGGCUCUCGGGGCCCUGGGGCGGUGGGUGCCGGAGCCCAGCCGGAGUCCAGCCGCGCCGUGCGGGCUCUCGGGGCCCUGGGGCGGUGGGUGCCGGAGCCCAGCCGGAGUCCAGCCGCGCCGUGCGGGCUCUCGGGGCCCUGGGGCGGUGGGUGCCGGAGCCCAGCCGGAGUCCAGCCGCGCCGUGCGGGCUCUCGGGGCCCUGGGGCGGUGGGUGCCGGAGCCCAGCCGGAGUCCAGCCGCGCCGUGCGGGCUCUCGGGGCCCUGGGGCGGUGGGUGCCGGAGCCCAGCCGGAGUCCAGCCGCGCCGUGCGGGCUCUCGGGGCCCUGGGGCGGUGGGUGCCGGAGCCCAGCCGGAGUCCAGCAAGGGAGCAGAGCAGAACGAGAUCGAGGCGCUGCAGGAGGUGCUGGAGAAGCUCAAGAGCAAGAGGGGACCGCACUACGAGAAGAAGUUCGGGCAGGUGCCCAUGUGCGACGCCGGGGAGCAGUGCGCCGUGAGGAAGGGGGCUCGCAUCGGGAAGCUCUGUGACUGCCCCCGGGGGACGUCGUGCAAUUCCUUCCUCCUCAAGUGCCUGUAAGCAGGGGCGCCCCGGGACAAGCCGCCGGGAGCGCGGGCACUGACGUCCCGACGUGCCGGCGGCUUCCCGCAGCUCCUCCGCCCGAGAAAAGCAGCGAAAAGCCCCCGCGUCGCCCGUGUAACGCCGUCCGUGACAUCCGACAUCCGUGGAGCUGUUUUCUUCCUCUCCCCCGCCCCACCCUUCCUCUCCCUCUCCUCUACCCCCGCUAGUUUUUGUCCGUCCAGGAAUGUCCCGGGCCGUGCCUUGGGAGCAGAGGUGCCGGUCCCGGGAGCUGCAGUGCCGUCCCAGUGCAGACCCGAGUAGUGCCAAGCCGUGCCGCGGAGCGGUACUGGCGCCGUGCCGUGCCCCGGGCUGUCCGGCUCCUUCCUCGGGCGGGAAACACCCAUCCGCUGCCGGCUGGAGGAGCCGGGGGAUUCCCCUGGGGAGGGCCGGGGGUAGCGGGACAGGCGGGAUGCGGAUGUGUCCAAAGCACCCUGGCCCUCUCUCUCUUGCCUCCCCGCUGAGAGGACCCAGCCCGGCACACCCCAGAGCGAGCAGCCUGCAGCUCUCGGUGGGGUUCAUCCGCACCGCCGGCCUCAGGCCAAAUCCGGCUGUGCUCACCCGGCGCUGCAGAAAGACGGCAUGAGAGGCUCAUGGUGU